AUGGCUGUCAGUUGUUUUUCGGAGUGUAUUUCUUGUCCUAGUUCGUAUUCGAAACUGUUGCCAAAUUAUUUUCUCUACACGCCCUGUCACUGCCCGAUGCGAGACCACCUUCGUCAGCGAUCCGAUGGGUUGUUCAGCAAACCGAAGCGCUUCAAAACCACUCAAAGGAUCCACUACUUGGCUAGUCCACGGUGGGUUCGCGCUAAGUUUUCUCGGCACGCUGUGGUUGCUCGCAGACAAGAGACCGAAAUUGUGCGCUCGUAUAAAGAACCGUAUGCAUCGCGACGCAUCCAGCAGUUAGCCUUACCACGAGUCCGGAAUCUGAUCGCCUUAGACCAGGAAUACCGACAACUGUUAGCGCCAAAGCGCCAGGAACAGUUGAAGAAAAAGAUAAAGCAAAGUUCCACCACCAUUUACUCUCAGCUGGCGGGCGUGGAGCUUCCGAAAAUUAAUGGUCCAAAAGGCAUGUCGCCGGAUGAAUGGCAAAGACAUAAGGAUUGGUUGGAAUUGCGUGAUUACCAAGUUCUUUCUUCGUUAUCUUUUUCAGAUUUGAAAAAGAUUCCUUUCGUCAAACCAGCCGCCCUGAAGGCAACCGCAUCGGAGCGUACAAUCAAGCUUGCCGAACCCAUCGAACGACGACGGCGAGCGAAAGGAAAACAAGUGGAGGAAACACGCAUUCCGGAGAGUGCCUUGAAAAUUCAAGCAUCGGAUCGACUAUUAGAGUUGGCCACGCCGAAACGCUACAUAAAUAUAAACGAAAACCUAGGCAAUCCGUUCAGAGUGCAACCAAAUGCGCUCAAAGCGAAGGCUAGCGAUCGUCUAAAGGAGCUCGCUAAACCAAAGGCGAAAAAAUAA